CAAAAACAAAAUACAUUAUACAAUUUCAUUACCAAGCCUGCUAGACUAGACUGCUUUGUGUCUGCGUGUGUCUGCUAGACUAGACUGCUUCAUCAAUCGUAUUCAAAGCAAAGCAAUCUCAAAGCCCUAAUCCCUUUUUAUCUCUCUUCAAUCUUAUUAGAAGGAAGCGAAAUGGCGACGAAGAAGCGUGUGGGUACACUGAAAGAAACAGAUUUGAAGGGAAAGAAGGUGUUUGUGAGGGUUGAUCUAAACGUUCCUUUGGAUGACAAUCUCAACAUCAUCGAUGAUACCAGAGUCCGAGCUGCUGUCCCUACCAUCAAGUAUUUGAUGGGUCAUGGUGCCAAAGUCAUCCUUGCUUCUCAUCUGGGAUGCCCAAAGGGUGCCACACCUAAGUACAGUUUGAAGCCUCUUGUGCCAAGGCUGUCUGAACUUCUUGGUAUUGAGGUCAAGAUGGCGAAUGACUGUAUUGGUGAAGAAGUUCAAAUAAUGGUGGCUGAAAUACCAGAAGGAGGUGUUCCGCUCCUGGAGAAUGUGAGGUUCUAUAAGGAAAAAGAGAAGAAUGAAGGUUGUUAAGAUCGGGAUCCUACA